AUGUAUCAAGCCAGCAAUGUCUACUUCAUCUGCUCGUUUGCCGCCAUCGGCGGCGGGCUGUUUGGCUUCGACAUCAGCUCCAUGUCGGGGGUGCUAGGCACGCAGGCGUACAAGCGCUACUUUGGCAACCCCGUGUCGUACCGGCAGGGCGCCAUCACGGCGUCGAUGCCGGCGGGCAGCCUGGUCGGCUCGCUCGUGUCGUCAUUCAUCGCCGACAAGUACUCGCGCAAGGUCGCCCUGCAGAUCUCGUGCCUGCUGUGGAUCUUCGGCUCCAUCCUCAUGGCCGCGUCCCAGAACAUCGGCAUGCUGUGCACCGGCCGCGUUAUCUGCGGCCUGUGUGUCGGCAUCGCCUCGUCCAUCGUCCCCGUCUACCAGUCCGAGAUCGCCCCCAAGGAGAUUCGUGGCCGCGUCGUCUCAUUGCAGCAGUGGGCCAUUACCUGGGGCAUCUUGAUCCAGUUCUUCAUCCAGUUCGGCGCUGCGCAGGUCGGCGGCGGCCCGAGCGACCCUAAUCAGCCCGAGUCGGCCUUCCGCAUCCCGUGGGGCAUUCAGAUGGUGCCGGCCUUCAUCCUGCUCGUCGGCCUUUUCUUCUUCCCCUACAGCCCGCGCUGGCUCGCCUCCAAGGACCGCUGGGAGGAGGCUAUCCGCGUGCUGGCCUCGCUCCACGGCGACGGCGACAUCAACCACCCCAAGGUGCUCGCCCAGUACCAGGAGAUCGAGGAGGCUCUACGGUUCGAGCGCGAGCAGGCUACCUCUUCCUUCAAGGCUCUCGUCGCCCCGCGGAUGCUCAAGCGCGUGGCCCUCGGCAUGAGCAUUCAGAUGUACUACAUUGUGUACAUUAUGGAAGGUGCACAGAUUGCUACCCCUCUGGCCACCGCGUCUAUCCAGUACGUGAUCAACGUCGUCCUGACGCUGCCCGCCAUCGUGUUCCUCGACAAGUGGGGCCGCCGGCCGUCGCUGAUCCUCGGCUCGUUUGGCAUGAUGACCUGGCUGUUCAUCUCUGGCGCACUCCAGCAGUACUACGGGCAGGCAAACACAGACCUGACGCGCAACGCGGACAAUAGCGACAUCACGUGGAUCGUGCUGGACAACCGGCCCGUGUCGUCGGCCAUCGUGGCGUGCUCGUAUCUGUUCGUAGCCACGUUCGCGACCACGUGGGGCCCCGUGUCGUGGACGUACCCGGCCGAGAUCUUCCCAAGCAAGAUCCGCGCCAAGGCCGUGUCGCUGGCCACGGCGUCCAACUGGUUCUGGAACAUGGUGCUGGCUUUUGGCGUGCCGCCGUUGCUGUGGAACAUCUCGUACAAGAUGUACUAUAUUUUUGGUGCUUUCAAUGCGGCUGCCUUUGUGCACAUGGCCCUCCUCGCCCCCGAGACAAAGGGCUACACCCUCGAGGAGAUGGAUGAGGUCUUCGACUCGGGCCUGCCUGCCUGGAAGCGCUACAAGAAGACGAGCCGCCUCGAGGAGCUGGCCCGCGAGAUCGAGGCUGGCAAUCUCAAGGUUGCUAUUCCGCUGGGUGGCGCCGCUGGCACUACCGCCGUCGCCAAUCCCGAGCCCAUCGCGGCCACGGCCGAGCACGAGAAGACGACGCACCGGGAGGUGGACAUGACAUCGGCGCCGGGGCCCUUGUCGACAGGCGCGCCGACCGAGAAGCCGCCAGCUACGCAGGCUGCGCUCUAA